CAAAUUUAACGUGAGAGACGCGCGAUAUCAAAAUGGCCGAAAAUCACCACUCGAAUAUUUUUCCACCAGCGGAAAGUGUCAAAAAUGAAGCUUACGUUAAAAGUAUGGAACAAUACAGCGAAAUGUAUCAAAAAUCCAUUUCAGAUCCUGAAGGAUUUUGGUCAAAAAUUGCCGAGCAAUUCUAUUGGGAAUCCGGAACGACGGGGAAAUUCCUCGAUUAUAAUUUUGACGUAAGAAAUGGACCAAUUUACAUUAAAUGGAUGGAAGGAGCUAAAACUAAUCUCUGUUACAAUGCGGUUGACAGACACGUUGCGAAUAAUUUAGGUGACAGGGUGGCAUUUUAUUGGGAGGGCAACAGUUUAGAUGAUGAUGGCCAGAUAACCUUUAAUGAGUUAAAGGAAAGAGUGUGUAAAUUUGCUAAUGUCUUAAAAAGCCUAGGUGUUGUGAAAGGUGAUAGAGUAGCAAUUUAUAUGCCAAUGAUAAUAGACAUUACAGUUGCUAUGUUAGCAUGUGCUAGACUGGGUAUCAUUCACUCUAUUGUGUUUGGAGGAUUUUCUGUAGAAUCAUUAUCUGAAAGGUUAAUUGGUGCUCAAUGCAGUGUUCUUGUAACUGCAGAUGGAGUGUGGAGAGGAACUAAGUUACUGAAUUUAAAAGAUAUUGUUGACAAUGCAGUCUUAAAAUGUGAAGCUGCAGGCCACACAGUGGAGCAUGUGAUUGUUUGCCGUCAUCUGUUACCUAGCGAUGAAGUAGUGGUAGGUGAAGGUGAAGAGGAGCCUCGACCAGCAGUGAGACCUUGUCGUCAACUUCGUAUUAAAUGGCAUGCCCCUCGUGAUAAAUGGUGGCAUGAACUAGUAGAGGGAGCUUCUGCAGAAUGUCCACCUGUAUGGCUGGAUGCUGAAGACCCACUCUUUAUGUUGUAUACAAGUGGUUCUACAGGUAAACCAAAAGGAGUAUUACAUACACAGGCAGGUUAUAUGUUGUACUCUUCAACAACAUUCAAAUAUGACUUUGACUAUCAUCCUGAUGAUAUAUUCUGGUGUACAGCUGAUGUUGGUUGGAUCACUGGUCACACAUACGUCACAUAUGGUCCACUUCUAAAUGCUGCUACCUCCGUUAUGUUUGAAGGCGUACCAACAUAUCCUGACCCGGGCAGAUUUUGGCGUAUUGUUGAGAAGUACAAGGUGUCCAAGUUUUACACAGCACCUACAGCUAUAAGAUCAUUGAUGGGAUUUGGUGAUGAACAUGUUGUCAAAUAUAAUAGAGAUUCUCUAAAAGUGAUAGCAACUGUAGGAGAACCUAUUAAUCCAGAAGCUUGGUUGUGGUAUUACAAUGUGGUCGGCAACAAGAAAUGCACUGUUGUGGACACAUUUUGGCAAACUGAAACUGGAGGACAUGUUAUAUCACCUCUACCUGGAGCCACACCCACAAAACCAGGAUCUGCUACAUUCCCAUUCUUUGGUGUUGUACCUGUAAUACUAAAUGAGGACGGUACAGAAGUGCAGGGAGAUGGAGAGGGAUAUAUUGUGUUUAAACAACCAUGGCCAGGUAUAAUGAGAACAGUUUAUGGAAAUCAACAAAGAUUUGAGACCACCUACUUCAAGAAAUUUCCAGGCUACUAUACAACUGGAGAUGGUGGACGACGUGACAAAGAUGGUUAUAUAUGGGUGACAGGUCGUAUAGAUGAUAUGGUAAAUGUAUCAGCUCAUUUACUUAGUACAGCAGAGAUAGAAUCAGCUUUAGUUGAACAUAAAGCAGUAACAGAGGCUGCUGUUGUCUCGCAUCCUCAUAGAAUUAAAGGAGAAUGUACAUACUGCUUUGUUACACUUAAACAGGGUUUUACAUUCACUGCAGACCUCUUACAUGAACUACGAGCUCAAGUGAGAACAAAAAUAGGACCAUUUGCUUCACCGGACUUCAUUCAGGAGGCACCAGGACUUCCUAAAACACGAUCAGGAAAGAUUAUGAGACGUGUAUUACGUAAGAUAGCUGUAGGAGACAAGGAUAUAGGUGAUGUGUCAACAAUGGCUGAUGAGACUGUGGUAGACAAACUUUUCCAACUAAGACCUGCCGAUGCCUAAUUUGAACUCUUUAUUUGUAGUUAAACAUCAGGUUUUAACAUUUGUGGGUAAACUAGCAUAAUACCAAACAAAGCUAAACAGUUAUUUUAUGCAUAAUAAAAGUUGAUAAUUUCUUGGUAUUUUGGGAUUGAAUAUUAGCUUAAAUAGCAGCAUUGAGAAUAAAAAUUAUGCAAUUUGCACAUUAUGUAUUUUAGUAGUGCACAAUAUUAUAUGGAGGAAAGAUUCAUUGUUGUAACCUGUAAACAAUCUACUGUGUUAGUGUUCUAUUAUGUACAUUCAUUCUGAAAUAUAUAUUUCUGUUUCCAUGACAAUUGAAGUGGACCAGUAUUUUUAAGAGUGAAAUGUGAUUCAAUAUAUUUGGAAUUAGAAAGCAGUCAAAAUUUAAUAUUCACUUGACAAUUUUUAUCAUACUUACAUAAUUACAACUGAGUUGUUUAUUCAUUUUCUAAAUGUUCAUCAUAAUUUUUCCUUUCCUGAACUUGAUUAUUUUAUUUUAAAGAUGACAUAAAAUUUGGCCAGUUUGGUUUUAUUUUCUUUUGAUAUUGACUGCAAAAUAUGUAAUAAACAGAAAUGUAAAUAUAUCAACCUGAAACUAACUGACUGUUGAAGAUGGCAUAUUAAAUAAUAAUUGAUGAUCAAAGAAGAUUUAAGAUAUAUAUUAUUCAAUUGAAAUUUCUUAUACAUUAUUAUUAUUCAAAUUGAUUGAUUUAUUUUUGUACAGUUUUCAUGUAAAAUUUGUAUUUGUCGGACUCUUAACCGACUAUAAAUAAAACCAGACAGCUUACAUUUUACUACCUAUUUAUGAAAGUUUACAUGUUGUUUUACUCAAUGAAUGUGCAAUUAGUUUCACAUUGUUUUAAGUACAGAGGUGGCAUCUGUAAAUAUAUGUUUAUGAUAUAUAAAUUUAGUAUGAAAUACUUAAUUCUGUUAUUCUUAGGAAAAUCAUCUUUCUAUUAUUUAUAAGCAAAAUCAUCUAUUUUUCCAUGAAUUUCAUGUUGAUAGUCAUAUUAGUUGCCAUAUCAAGUAGUUUUCAAUGCACGCGUUCCCAUUUAAUGUAGAAUUAAAAAAUAAAAUGCGCUAAAAUGUAAGAUUUCCAUCAAACAAAACAACCAGUUUAAUUGAGACUUGUAUAUAAAACAUUGUCCUGUAAAUAUAUAUCAUCAUCGGAUACCCACGGUUAAUUAACAUGUAUGCAAAAAAUCCUGCGGCUGAGUGUUAAUGGUGCGGCCGUGGGUAUUCAAGGAAGAUAGAUAUGUACAAUACAAUUUUUGCAAACGAAAGUAUUUUGUAAGUUUUAAAUCAGGAUUUUUUCCAGUCCCAGUUGAUUGUAUGAAUACAAUUUAACAUUAAGUACUCUUUUUGUUAAUUCAGAACUUUUUUGGUCCUGUAGAUCUGGCGUUCCUAUGCAGAUUAUUAUAUAUAAAAAUGAAAUGUAUACUGUUAAUAGUAUAAUACAAAACAUAUAAUUAAAUAGAGUAGAUCAUGUAUGUAAGUGUAGUAAACCUAACAAAAAAAGUCCCCAAACUAUAAUCAUGUUAUAAUAUCAUAUAUAGCUGUAGCAAGAUGCAAUAACAAUCCAUACUAAUAUAAAUAUGUAGAUAAUUGUUGUUCAUUUUUGUAGAUUGUAUUGAUUAGUAAAGUAGUUCUUGAUCCAUAUUCAUAAACAUUUGAAGUGUUUUUAAUAUUUAAACUUCGGUAUCUUUUUAUCUUUACUUAAAAGCAGUAAAUACUAUACAAAUUUUAUAACUGGCUGAAUAGUAUGUCUUAUUUAUGUCAAAGAUGAUGUAAAGAUUAAAUAGAGAACAAGAAGUAGAUAUGAUUUCAAUAUGUAAAUCAAUAUGGGUCUGAAUAAACUGAGGGUUGAAAAGUUCCCAUGUCUAGAUGGAAACUGCUUCAAUUUGGUGUUUAUAUUUACUAUGCAAUCUACAAAGAAUGCUUGGAUAUAUAAUGAUCAAGUUGUUUCGAUGUCAUGAAGUAGUUAUUGUUAAGUAUAUUAUAUACAUUAUUAUUGUCCUUUAAUUUGAAUGAAUACCACCAAGUAUUGCACAAUUUAUAGAUAAUGAAUCAAUUUCUUGAUAAAACCAAAUUUAUUGAAUGUGUGUUAGCAUGUCUGUAGGUUGAAAAGAAGAGCAAUAUACUAUUGACAAAUUAUACAGCGUUUACUAUUACAACAGUGUAAGACCGUCUCCAAGACGUUUAAUUGCUACUUUUUCAGAAAUAUGAAAUUAAAAAUAUUGAUUGUAUUUGGAUAUAUUUAUAAACCAUGUAUAAAUAUGCUAAGGGAAGGCAAUGAAACUUUAUAGAAAUGUACAGAUUUGAUUCCCCUUUAUUUCAUAUUGAUUAGAGCAAUGUGUUUUACUUGAUGGUGGUUCGUACAAAUUCAUAUGUUAGGGAAAUAAGAAGUUCUGCAUACAUAUAGAUAUAAGAACAAUAAAAAUUGAGAAAAAAAUGUCA